AUGUUAUGUCCGUGGUGGGCCAGGCACGAGACUCCAGUGCUCGCUAGUCCUUUGCGCAUCAUACACGUGGAUGAAGAGCUACUCGUGCUAGACAAGCCUUGCUCGCUACCGGUUCACCCAUGUGGACGGUACAGGCACAACACAGUCGUUUUUAUUCUCGCAAAAGAGUACAACUUGAAGAACUUGAGAACCAUCCACAGGCUCGACAGGUUGACGUCAGGUCUCCUGUUAUUCGGGAGGAGUCCAAAGAAGGCGAGACAGAUGGAACAUCAGAUCAGGAACAGACAGGUGCAGAAGGAAUACGUCUGCAGAGUAGAUGGAGAGUUCCCUGAUGAUGAAAUCGAAUGCCAAGAGCCAAUUGAAGUGGUCAGUUACAAGAUUGGAGUGUGCAAGGUGUCAGCUAAGGGCAAGGAUUGCUCGACAGUGUUCAAGAGGCUAGGCUACAACGCAGCUAGCAACACAAGCGUGGUCUUGUGCAAACCGAAGACCGGGAGGAUGCACCAGAUCAGGGUGCACUUGCAGUAUUUGGGAUAUCCAGUAGUUAAUGACCCUCUCUACAAUCAUCCUGUCUUCGGACCCCUCCGAGGAAAGGGUGGCGACACGGGCGGCAAGUCUGAUGAGCAGCUGGUGAGAGACCUGAUUGCCAUCCAUAAUGCUGAAAACUGGCUGGGAGUGGAUGCUGCUGAUGAUGAUUUGCUGUUCUCCAAACCAGUGUCUGAUGAUAAAGUUGGUGAGGAUGACUGCGACACCGGACCAGCUUCCAGGGAAUCGUCUCCGAGACUCGAGUCUCCAGCCCCAGGAGUGACACCAUCUACCAUCAUGACUCACUUUUCUUCCUCAUCAGCAACGCUGCCAAGUCCGUCAAGCGGUGCAGAGGCUCCAUCGGAGGUGAACUCGCCAGUAUGCACCCUGGCACCAUCACCAGUCGCCUCUCCAUCCUUCAAUGAAGACUCCAAUGAUGCCAAGUCAGACAAAGUGACGGUAGCGACGCAAACUGGCUGCACGCCGGCCGCCACUAGCCAGGCGAGUGGACUAGCAAGUAGCUCGGCAAGCGGCUCGACUGACGCACUGUCUUCGGACCCUCACUGCUACGAGUGCCGUGUGAGGUACAGGGACCCUAGGCCGAGGGAUCUCGUCAUGUACCUGCAUGCAUGGAAAUACAAGGGACCCGGCUGGGAGUACGAAACUGAGCUGCCACAAUGGGCGAGCAUCGACUGGGAUGAACCAGAAAGUUCAUAG